AUGUGCACCUGCAGUUGCCGUUUCAAAACGUCGGUAACCAUCGCCGUUGCGGGAUUCGUUCUCUUGUCGCUAUCCCUGUCCGCCGUUAUACCGCAGACGGCACCCCAAGCAGCCCUGUCAACGGGCAGGUUUCUCGUCGCCGGCAAACAACUCCGAGACCCCAAUUUCGCACGGACCGUUGUUCUGCUCCUCAACUACGGCGAAAGCGGCGCGCGGGGUGUGAUCAUCAACCGGCCGACGGACGUGAAGCUGGCCACCAUGUUUCCCGAAAUCAGGGGCUUGCAGCGGCGCAUGGACACCGUUUAUCUCGGCGGGCCGCGCACUGAGCGUUCAGACAUCUUCUGCGAGCUGCUUGACCUACUGGACAGGCGCCACGAGGGAUGCCUGGUAUUGCAGCAGCCCUACAACGUGCAAGUGGGCGCCGGCACCAUGAACCCCGCCACGGUUCUGCGCGUUCUCGUCGGCGCCGGAACUCGUGGAACGGUGUGUACGAGUCGAGCCCCAGCAUCGCGCGCCGACGCCACGGCCGUCGUCGGCGACAAUCCGAAUCGCUUGCAGAUGCACCAUCAAUUGCAGGUCAUCCUGCAGCCGGACCCCGGCGACCCGCAGGAGCGCUACCUCGCCAGCCUGCAGGCCAUCGGCAUCGACAUGCGGCAGCACGACGUGCGUUUCGUCGAAGACAACUGGGAAAGCCCCGCCCUUGGCGCCUGGGCCCGGGCGGGAAGGGUGGCUCGACGGCCAGGAAAUCACCCAAUUCACCUAUUUCCAGCAGGCCGUGCGGCCAGGACGCUCGACCAGCUGUGGCGGUGGAGAGUUCAGCGUUACUACGGCUCGACCGCAUCGCGCUGGCUCUGCAGGACGCCGACAGCGUCUGGCAGAUGGCACUAUAGGCGCGCGCAUCGUGCCAUCCCCUACGAAGACAUCCUCCUGCGUAGCGAAAUCGAGCACUGUCAUUAUUACUUUGAAGUCGCCGACGUAGAAGCCCUCAAGGCCGUGUACGACACCUACGAGCGCGAGGCCAAGCGCUGUCUGGAGGCGGACUUGGUAAUGCCGGCGCACGACUACAACCUGAAGUGUUCGCACCUGUUCAACGUGCUGGACACGCGCGGCGCCAUCGGCGUGACCGAGCGGGCGAACUAUUUCCGGCGCAUGCGCAACGUGGCACGGGACAUUUCGACGUUAUACGCGGCACAACGGGAGCAACUGGGCCAUCCGCUCCUCAAGUCGUCCGCCGGGCUGGUGGCUGCCGCCGAGCCGCCGCCAGGCGAGGACACGGCGGUUGCGCCGGCGGACGAAGCGAGUCCGUUCGUGCUGGAGAUCGGCAGCGAGGAGUUACCGCCGGCAGACCUGUCGUCGGCGAUGCGGCAGUUGCAAGCCGCGGUCCCGGCCAUGCUGGAUCAGUUGCGGCUGGGGUAUGAGAGCCUGACGGUGUAUGGCACGCCGCGGCGUCUGGUAGUGAUGGUAUCAGGGUUGGCGCCGCGACAGACGGACCUGGAAACCGUUGUCAAAGGCCCCCCGGCCGACCGCGCCUUCGACGCCGACGGCCAGCCGACCGCCGCUGGCCUGGGGUUUGCGCGCGGCAAGGGCGUCGAGGUGGGCGAUCUGCAGGUCGUCGAGGAGCAGGGCCGGCGGUCCGUUGCCGCCGUGGUGCGCGAGACGGGCCGCGCCGCCGUCGAGGUUCUCAGCGAGGCGCUGCCCGGCUGCCUUGCCGGCAUCACGUUCGACCGCAGCAUGCGCUGGAACGCCAGCAAUCUGGCCUACAGCCGGCCGCUGCGCUGGCUACUGGCCCUGUACGGCCCGCAGCAGGUGCCGUUCAGCUAUGCGGGGAUUGACAGCGGGCGCUGCAGCCGCGGCCUGCGGCCCUACGGCUCGCCGGCCAUUGUCAUCGACGACGCCGGAGCCUAUGCGUCCGUCAUGCAGGCCAAUGGCGUGGUCACGAACCCCGAGGCGCGCCGCUCGUUGAUCCGCGACGAGGCCGCCGAAAUGGCCGCGCAACGCGACGGCGUAUGGCACGAGGACCCGGAUUUGCUGGACGAAGUGACCCAUCUCGUCGAGCGUCCGACGCUGUUCUGCGGUCGCUUCGAGGCGCGCUUCCUGGCGCUGCCGCCCGAAGUGCUGGUGGCGGUCAUGAAGAAGCACCAGCGGUACUUCCCGGUAUACGCCGGAGACGGCAGCCUGCUGCCGCACUUUAUCGGCGUGCGCAACGGCGACGCGGAGCACCUCGACACCGUGACCGCCGGCAACGAGCACGUGUUGCGGGCGCGUUUUGCCGACGCCGAAUACUUCUACGGCAAGGAUACCCGGCAGGCGCUGGGCGAUUUUCUCCCCCGCUUGCAGACCUUGACGUUUCAGGUCGAUCUCGGCUCCAUGCUCGACAAGGUGCACCGCCUCGAACGCCUCACGCCGCAAGCGGCGCAACUGCUGGGCCUCAGCGAAUCCGAUACAGCGGCCGCCACACGUGCCGCCGCCCUCUCCAAGGCUGAUCUGGCGACCAACAUGGUGGUUGAGAUGACCGCCCUGCAGGGAACGAUGGGUGCCCAUUACGCCCGCUUGAGCGGCGAAUCCGAUGCCGUCGCCGCUGCCUUGGGCGAACAAUACCAGCAGGUCAGCACCACCCCGGCGGGGCUUGCCCUCGCCCUCGCCGACCGCUGUGACAGCCUGCUCGGCCUGUUCGCCGCCGCCGGCCUCGCGCCGCGCGGCUCCAAUGACCCCUUUGCCCUGCGCCGCGCCGCCCUGGGCAUUAUCGAGACCCUGAUUACCAACUGCACCUCGUGCGACCUGCGCCGCCUGUUGAGCCUCGCCGCGCCCUCGCUGCCGGUUUCCGGCGACGCCGCGACCCAGGAAGCGGUCCUGCAAUUCAUCAUCGGCCGCCUCGAAGGCGUUCUGCGUGACCGCGGCUACCCCGCCUCGGUCGUCAAAGCUGUCCUCGCCGCCCAGGGCCACGACCCUUACGCCGCCAGCCAAGCCGCCCAUGAACUGAACGACGCCCUUGCCGACGACGACUGGCCCACCCUGCUUGCCGCCUAUUCCCGCUGCGUCCGUAUCACCCGUGCGAUUGAAGGGCCCCUGAUCCUGUGCCCCGACGACUUCGAUCUGCCGGCUGAAAAGGCCCUGCGCGACGCCUACCAAUCCGCCGCCGCUGCCCUCGACGGUAGCGCCAGCGUCAGCCGCUUUAUCACCGCCCUGCGCAAACUGGAGCCCGCCAUCACGACCUUCUUCCUCGACGUCCUCGUCAUGGACGAAGACCCCGCCCGCCGUGACAACCGCUUGGCCCUGUUGCAAGGCAUCUCGGCCCUCCCCGACGGUAUCGCGGAUAUGUCUCGACUGGAAGGGUUUUGA